ACAAUGGGCAUUUCUGCGGGUUUCUCGAGAAGUUCGAAUGGUUCGAAUGGUUCUAAUAGAGUGGCAAAAUCCCCUUAUGCCCCUUAUUCCAACGUGUUUCGCGAGUUGUUCGCUAUAUCAUUGCGGCGAACGUGCUUUUAGUACUUUCAGCACCCUCCCAAGCCGCCCUUAGACCAGCGUAAAGCAUGACACCCGCUCGCAAUAGCGCACGGAAGCGCGCCCAGUCCAGGGAGCGAAGUGAGCAUUCACAUUCGAAACUCGUAGCCCAAGUCAAAAGGAUCUUGUCCAACAACCUUUCAACUCACGGGAUGCGAGAGCCUGUCAGACCGUACGCUGACAAGCAGAGACGGAAUCUUUAUGACCUGAUCACAAGAGCAGUUACCUUGGGAGAGAGCAACUCCGUGCUGGUGACAGGGCCCAGAGGAAGCGGAAAGACGUCGUUAAUCCACAGCGUGCUCCAAGAUGUGUCUCGACAAUCCGACGUGAUGGGAAACUUUCUACUUGUUGAGCUCAAUGGACUUGUUCACACUGAUGACAGGAUUGCCCUGAGAGACAUCACACGGCAGCUGCGAUUAGAAAAUGCCGUCGGCGACAAAGUAUUUGGCAGUUUUUCAGAGAACUUCACCUUUCUCCUCGAGUCACUGAAGUCAGGUGACCAGCAGUCCAAGUCUAUCGUGUUUAUCCUCGAAGAGUUUGAUUUGUUCUGUUAUCACAAAAAUCAGACCCUCCUGUACAACCUCUUUGACGUGGCACAAUCUGCGCAAGCCCCGGUCAUGGUUGUUGGGGUCACCUGCAGACUGGAUGCCAUAGAGCUCUUGGAAAAGAGGGUCAAGUCCCGGUUCUCCCACCGCCAGCUUCACCUGUUUAAUGAGUUCAGCUUUGAGGAGUACCUCAAUAUCAUAAUGGAUCAUCUCUCCCUUCCGUCGGACUUCCCCUGCAAGCAGCUGAGGGACGAAUGGAACUCCUCUGUUCAGACACUUGUUCAGGAGAGUGGAGUGUGGAUGGCCAUGAAACGUCAGUACUCAACCAACAAGGACAUUCGAGCCAUGAAGCAGCUUUUGCUUGCACCUGUAAAGCAGUUGUCAGAACAGAAUUUAAGAUUGAGUGCUUCUGACAUUGUCGAAUCUCAGAAGCAGCUUCUCAUGGACUCCAAGGUGGCACUUCUGAAAGGUCUCUCUGUGUUGGAACUGUCUCUCGUUGUUGCGAUGUUGCAUCUGACAAAAAUAUAUGAUGGAGAGCCUUUCAAUUUCGAAAUGGUCUACAAAGAGUACCAGAAGUUCAUUAGCAGUAAAUCAACACCCCACAGCACGGGCAAGUCAAUUGUGAUGAAGGCCUUCCAGCACCUGGAAAUGCUGGAGCUGGUGAGGCCACUGUCGAGCUUCCUGGGGAAUGUCCAGUACGAGUUCCGACUAAUGCGGCUCCUAGUGGAGCCUGCGCAGGUGCAGGAGGUGCUCCACAAGGCCCCCAGUCUCCCGACCGACGUGUCCCAGUGGGCCGCCUCCAUCCUCAGUGGGCGACCCGGGUGACGCUUGCGGACGACGUGGACCUUGAUCGUCCAUUGCCGACGAAUGCAACGUGACGAGAGCCUUCUUCUCUAUGCGCCGAGUAAACCAGAUCGCCUCACAAAGAGGUUGUCUGCUCUGUGAUCGGGUGACCGCAAUUGGGCGAGUUCAUAAAUCCAAGUCUCGUGUACUGGGUUUUGUGAUCGUUUCUUGUUGACUUGGACUUCCUUUUUCAUUUGUAUUUGUACCUUUUCAUCGGAGUUUAACCCCUGCAAAUGGCUACACUAGCAUUUCGUGCGUUACCGGUAGUGUUCUCGAUACGAGGAAAGAUAAUUAAAUCGCUUGGAUUGUCCUAGUCUUGCAUCUGAGGCAAUGCUGCACCAAAUUGUGCCAUGAACGAAAGUCUGCUACAUCUUGCGCCAGAAUGCCAUUUUUUGUAGCGUGAGCUACACUGGCCGAGGUUGAGCCGUUUCGCGUGACUCGCAUAAUGAGCCGUGCUCCGUGCUGUGCCUGCGCGAGAGGAGCAGUAGUGUCCCACGGCGCACAGCUGGCGCGCCGUGUGACACGCCAGGUCUGCGCAUUCCAGAGGAGUGACGUCAUAGCCGCAGCAGACGCACUGGUGCCGCCGCGUGCCCAGCUAUGCGCCUCCGUUGCACAUUAGCCAAGUCUGACGCUGCAUCGGAGCCACUUGAUAGCGCCUCUCAUUUUGUGCACAUAAGCUCAGGCUACGUAUAUAGCCGAGCCAAGCCACUGCAAUUUUUUGCUAAAAAUUGUGCCAUACCUGCACCAAAACGGGCUUAAACAAAGCAAAAAACAAAUAAAUAUUGGACGAUUUUAAUUUUUAGGAAAGUAGAAAAAGAAAAUGGUACAAAUAUGUAUUCUACAGCGUACUCACUGUAUAGUUUGUUUCAUCUGAGGUAAGAGCAGACACACACACACACACUAAAAGCUGAAGCUACGGGGCAUUGCUGCACUCGAAUGGUCUACUUUUUUCAGGCAAUGUUGGGAGCAAAAAGUUGCGGGGAAAAUGUGUAAAAUAGUGGGAUGGCAACUACUGUAAUAAGUUAGAACCAGGGCCUUUUACUCCCGAUUCUAUCAUUUGAUUAUCAUGUCUGCCAUAUGCCUCCGUGCCGUGGCUACAAUGUAUAAUUUUUUAAUAAAAUAAAUCAAAUUUAUUUGAUAUAUACAAUAUUUGAUUUAAGACAGGUUUUAUUUAACUCAGAUGUAUUUAGAUUUUAUGUGAUUUAAAUCACUAGCUAUAAAGAUUGAUUCUUUAGCACUAGAUCCUUUUUUAACAUGGCCGGUUGAUUGACCAACUCAUCCUAUCACUGAUAACAGUGUGGGAGAAAGAAUUACUGUAAAUGUAAAGUACUACAGUACAUAUUAAUUAACAUUUUACUUAGGGUGACCACCUUCCUACUAGCAAAACGCAGGGGAGGGGGGGGAGGAGGAGGAGGAGGAGAGGAAAUUCAUUAACACGCACACCACGAAUUGAGGCUCUGUUAUCACAUUUAAUACCCUGUGCUGUUUAUACACCCACAAACUGUAUAGCAGAAAUUAAGUUCAAAUAAUUUUCCCUCCCACUGAUAUGUCUUUUAAUGCUGAAUAUGUUAUUAAAUGUGUCGAAGUUGAAAACAUAAAAAUGACUGCAGCAAAACUCAAUGCAUCAAAUGGAAAUAAGAAACAGUAAAUCUUUUUCGGGUUAUUUUUGCCUGUCAACGCUUACUUUUAUCAACAAGGUUCUACAAAAAUUUUUAACCAUAAUGUUAUUUUCGACCUUCGUGAGUUGCAGGCAUUUUGCCUUGUGUGGCCGUCUUCACUAAAACAAAAUUCCACAUCAACCCUUCUGCAUUGACACAGCCAUUUGAAAAUAAUUACAAUAAUUUAUAUUUAAACUUUUUGCUAACAAUUUUACAAAAGUUUGCCACCAAGGGGAGAGGCACAGCGGAACAUGCACGUCGGUUCUCCUUCAAGAAUGACGAUAUAUAAAAUGGCAUACCAUUGCAAUUCAUACGAUUACCAGCAAACUUGCACUUCCCCGUGCCCCGUUGUUCGGCGGCUCCAUGAGUUGCAGAGUGAAUUUUACGAUAGUGUGAAAUGCGGGACAUUUUGAAGAUUCUAGAAUUUCUCGUGGGACGCGAGCGCUCAAUGCGUGACAGUUCCGCAACUCGCAGAACGGGCGGUCACCCUACUUUUAUUGCUGUCGUCCCUGCCAAACUAGAAAAAAAAAAAAAAUCGGCUUGAUCUUUUUAGCAAGUUCAAAACUUGAGAAGCAUAAUUCAAACGAAGGUUUAAACAUGCUAAAAAGAUGAAAAUUUAAAAAAAAUUUUUCUUUUUAAGUUUUGACUUUAUUGCAACAGGACAUUAAUUUUCUAGUUUUCGUUUGCAUUCCGAUUUAGUUGGGGUGGGACGUUACAUAGUUAAUGAAUGCAGUGAAGGUAGAGAUCAAGCUGAAUGCCAGAUUUGCUUGAACAAGCACUUCUUUUUGUUUGUAUUCAGCCUUAAAUGGACCUCUCUUGCUCAACGAUUCUUUGAUCCAAUUUCAAGUUAAAUGCACAUGGAAAGCGUCACAUAUAGACAAACGGUAAAUAAACCUAUGUUCACGAUUAUUUUUGCAAAGAAAGUAUAAUUUAAAUUAUAGCAGUAAAACUCCGCGCUUAGUCAGAGCGGCGAGGAGCGCACGCGCUCCGCCGUCAACGCAAGUACACCUUAGAAUAAAUAAGAGAGUGGAAGAAUGGCAUGCAUGCUUUCGCUUUCACAAUUCAUAAGAAGUGCUUAGGUGUACCUCAAGCCUUUUUGAAGUGCAACUGUAGGCUUUCAUAAUAUUUAUGGGUGGUCAUUUUUGCAGUUUGAUAUAGGAUUCUUGAGUUUUGUAGGUCUGGAAAACUUGGGAGGACAUAUUUUUAUUGAUAGACGUCUUGGCGGAUAUGCUGGUUUUUGCUGGCAUUUUACUGGAAUUAUAUUUACAGGCUAAGUGAGCUAUCGAUUGUGAAUGGGGGAGAGGCUUAUCUCAACUGAAGUGUCUUGCUAUGGUUCAUUUUACAAUUUUGUUUGUAUACCAAUCAUAAAUGGAAUUUACUCUGA